AUGCAAGAGUUAUACGAGGACUUAUGCAUUAUUCAUUGUUAUUUGCAGGCGGACAAGCUGAGCUGGGAUGAGAAGCAUCGCGUCAAUGAGGAGCAAAUCUAUUGCUAUUGCGGCAAGCCUGGAAAAUUCGAUCACAAUAUGUUGCAAUGCUGCAAGUGCAAGAACUGGUUUCACACCCAAUGCAUGCAGAACUUUAAGCGCAAGCUGCUACGCGGCGAUAUCUUCUUUGUAUUCUGUUGCACUGUGUGCAACAAUGGCGUUGAAUUCAUUCGUCGCCUUCAAAUCGAUUGGGUGGACAUGCUGCACAUAACGCUCUACAAUUUGCGCAAGCAUCAGCACCAGAAAUAUCAUCAUUUGCUAAAGGACAUUUGGCCGUUUAUACUGGAGCAGCGACAUCAGCUGCCCAUUUGCGAGGAGUGGCGCCAGUUGCCGGAGACAACGCUAAUGGAGCGUAUUAAGCAGACGCUCAAGGAGUAUUCGGAUCGUUUUGUCUGUGGACGAGAGUUCAAGCGUGCGCCUGCCUACUAUGCACUGCGGCACAGCGGACCACCAUUGACGCCGCGUGUAUUUCUGCAGCCGGAUGAUGUGCUAUGCGAUGAACUGUUGAUUAACAAGUUUAAGCUGCUUUUGAUGCCAGAAGAAGACCUGGAGACCGGUCGAGUGCAGUCGAAUGCGGUUAAGGAGAGCGCGAACACCAAAAAUUCGGCGGCCAAAGAUGUGUACGAGUUUCAUACGGACGAUGAAGAGGAAGCAGCCGAGGCCGAGGCGGAAGUCGACACCAGCGAAGAUGAGAUACCCAUCAAGCAGAUUAUCGACAAGGUCAAAAAGCAGAAUAAGCAACAGCAGCAGCAAAAGGAGCAGCCAGUGACAUCGAACGAAGAUCUGCAGAUAAACAARUCGGGCAAGCGCACGCCUGAUCUGGCAGAUGAUAAUGCCAACGAUGGCGAUCCAAGCAAAUUGCAGCAAAUGGCGCCCGCUCCACCACAACUGGAUUCCACUGCCAACAGCAAUGGCAUUAGCAACAGUAACAGCUUCAGCAAUAGCCGCAAACGCAAGGCAUUCCGCUUGUCGAAACGUUACGACAACAGCCGCCACUGUGAUCUCUCUUCAGAUGAGAAUUCGAGCAGCAGCCGUGGCACCAGCUCACUGGAUCUCAUCAUACCGCCGCCGGCAAAUUUUCUCGGUCGCAAUAAUCCCUUCUUAAUGGCCACGCCCAAGAAGUCGACACAGCAACGUGUCGGUGGUGGUGCUUCUGCCGGAGUGGCGGGCAUCAUCAAUAGCAUUUUUAAGCUAAAGAACGUGAAGCAGUUGAGCAGCAGCGAGCUGGCCAAGGCAACGGCAGCCGCACAGCAGCCACGAAUGGUGCGUACCAUUAAGCGAAGACUGAGUGCCAAAGAUAUUACCAUUGGGCCCAAUCAGGAGGUGCGCCGGCGGCGCACUCGUCGCCUGACCACGGCCAUUGAGGUGAUCAAUACGACUACAAUAAAUCCCAUACCCAGCCACUACUUUCCCAUAUAUGCCAAAGAUUUGCAGCCACCGGCGCCACUGCUGCCACCAGAGAAGCCCAGUCAUGGCCGUUUGCUGCGCCAGCGACCCCAAAAAUCUCGAUGCGGCACACCGACAGACAGUCGACGCAAUUCCACCAGCUCYACAGUAACCAAUGGCAGCAGCAGCACCAGCAGCGGCGGAGGCGGUGCACCCGGUGCCAAUGGGCAUUCAAUGCUUGAUCUAAAGCAAUCUGUGAACAGAUAUUUCGGUGGAGCCAUGAAUCGCAUCGAUGCCGGCGAAUCGUUUGCCAUACGCGCCAAACGCCGCAUGAGCAAUGGCCAGGUGCAAUAUCUGGUCGAAUGGGGAAGUGAUUCGGCGACUGCUGCUGCUGCUGCUGCCGUUGCCCUCACAAACGGAAUCUAAGCAUUUGGCAACUAAUGCUGACAACUGAUAACUGAUAACGGAUUACUUAUUAUCUAUUAUUCUUCAUUGAUGGUAUUUUUUAGUUAUGGCUUAAGCCGAAAAUUUGCUGCCAGGUUUUUAGGCCCAAUUUUUGUUUUGUUAUUCUU